GUCAAAAUCCUUUUUCCCAUCGGUUGUCAACCAGUUCGGUUCGCGUCGAUAUUAUUUUUAUAAUUUGACUUGGAUUUAAAAUGUCCGAAACCCUGCAACUUAAAGGGACCCUCCUGGGGCACAAUGGGUGGGUCACCCAAAUCGCCACCAACCCCAAAUACCCCGAUAUGAUCUUGUCUUCGUCCAGAGACAAGACUUUAAUCGUCUGGAAACUGACCCGUGAAGACACCCAAUAUGGUGUGCCCCAAAAACGUCUCCACGGACAUUCGCAUUUUAUCUCCGACGUGGUGCUGUCCAGUGAUGGUAACUACGCCCUAUCUGGAUCAUGGGACAAAACCUUGCGACUAUGGGACUUGGCUGCUGGAAAAACCACCAGGAGAUUUGAAGAUCACACUAAGGAUGUUCUGAGUGUUGCUUUCUCAGUUGACAACCGUCAAAUUGUUUCUGGUUCGCGGGACAAGACUAUCAAGCUGUGGAAUACUUUGGCAGAAUGCAAAUACACCAUUCAGGAUGAAGGUCACUCUGACUGGGUCUCAUGUGUACGUUUCUCACCAAACCAUGCCAAUCCGAUCAUCGUCUCAGCUGGCUGGGAUCGUAUGGUCAAAGUAUGGAAUUUGACCAACUGCCGCCUAAAGAUCAACCACAGCGGACACGCCGGUUAUUUGAACACAGUUACAGUUUCCCCGGACGGUUCUCUAUGCGCCUCUGGUGGUAAAGACUGCAAAGCCAUGCUGUGGGAUCUGAAUGACGGCAAACACUUGCACACCUUGGACCAUAAUGAUAUCAUUACAGCCUUGUGCUUCUCACCAAACAGAUACUGGCUGUGCGCUGCCUUUGGGCCCUCAAUCAAAAUCUGGGACUUGGAAAGUAAGGAAAUGGUGGAGGAGCUCAAACCCGAAGUGGUGAAAGUGGUAUCCAAAGCCGAACCCCCACAGUGUUUGUCGCUCGCGUGGUCCACCGACGGUCAAACUUUGUUCGCCGGAUACUCCGAUAACACGAUCAGGGUGUGGCAGGUCAGCGUUAGCUCCCACUAAGUUAUUUGUUCUACGCGCGUUCAUUUAAAAUAAUUUAAGGUGACGAUGUGUGAUAAGUACAAAACUUUUUUAAUAAAAAAGUUGUAAGUUGAAUUGA